GAAUUCUGAUUACUUGGGGUUAGCAUACAAUUGGUGGGUUCGUAAAGUUUCUAGUACUUGAGAGACGUGUUCCUGAUGUUCUUCCAUGCUUUCGCUGUAGAUUAGGAUAUCAUCCAGAUAUACCACGACGAAAUGGUCGAGGUAUUCCUUCAACACUUGGUUCAUCAUCUUUUGGAAGGCGGACGGGGCGUUACAGAGUCCAAAAGGCAUUACCAAGAACUCGUAUUGGCCGUAUCUGGUGUUGAAUGCGGUCUUUGGUACAUCGUCAGGUUCGACCCGCAUCUGCCAGUAUCCGCUCUUAAGAUCGAUUUUUGAGAACACACGGGCUUUACCUAGUCUGUCGAAAGACUCGUCAAUGCGUGGUAGCGGAUACUUGUUACGGACGGUGAGUUUCUUUAAUGCGCGGAAAUCCACACAUAACCUUAGACUGCCAUCUUUCUUUCGUACGAAUAUGACAGGUGAACUCCAUGGUGAUUCCAAAGGUUGAAUCAUGCCUUUGUCUAAAAGAUCUUCCAACCCGCAUUUUGAUUUUGCGAUCCUCGACGAUAUAUAAUAUCAAAAUCGUAAUCUACAAGUUUGAUAAGUCCACGGACAAUACGAA